AACUCUACUUCGCUGCUACCAGUGCUUAUGCUUAGCAUGUUAAAUCUUGUCAAGAAAAAACACGAAUUUAAGCAGUUGGAGCGAUUGUGAACAGACCAGAGACGUUUUAAUUACACUGAGAACUUCAGGGAACUGAUGCAUCUCCAGUCUGGCUGCUCCUGACCUCCUUGAUCCCAAAACAGCCGUGCACAACUCCAAACCACGUCUUUCAUUCUCGGCUCCGCCGGUGCUGCUGAAGCCUCCAGAGGACUGUGAGAUUCGAGUGACCGUCAUGCGCUGGAAGACCGUGCUCAGUGUCUUCCUGCUGGUGGUGCUUUAUCUGAUCCUCGGAGCAACUGUGUUUAAGGAGCUGGAGCAGCCUUAUGAGACGUUACAGAAGCUGAACAUCCUGAUGGAAAAACUGGAGUUCCUCGAGCAGCACCCCUGCGUCAACUCAUCAGACCUGGAAAACUUAGUCAAGCAGGUGGUGUCAGCAUUGCGGGCAGGAGUUAACCCUUCAGGAAACUCGUCCAAUCAAAGCAGUUUGUGGGACCUUAGCAACUCCUUCUUCUUCUCUGGAACGGUUAUUACAACUAUAGGAUUUGGGAAUAUCUCGCCACACACUGAAGUCGGACGCAUCUUCUGUAUUAUUUAUGCUUUGCUGGGAAUUCCUCUGUUUGGAUUCUUGCUGGCAGGAGUGGGAGACCAGCUCGGAACCAUCUUUGGAAAGGCAAUUGCCAAAGUGGAGGGUAUGAUUGAUAAGUGGAACGUGAGUCAAACCAAGAUCCGGGUGAUCUCUACUCUUCUUUUCAUUCUGUUUGGCUGUCUGCUCUUCGUCACGCUGCCGGCCGUUAUAUUCAAGCACAUCGAGGGCUGGAGCGCACUGGAGUCCAUCUACUUUGUCGUCAUUACCUUGACAACCAUUGGUUUUGGAGAUUUCGUUGCAGGCGAGGCUGAGCGACGCCACCAUGAAGAGAGCAGUGGAGGUUCUCAGCUGGAGUACCUGGACUACUACAAGCCCCUGGUGUGGUUUUGGAUUCUGGUUGGUUUAGCCUACUUCGCUGCUGUUCUCAGUAUGAUUGGAGACUGGUUCCGGGUUAUAUCCAAGAAAACAAAAGAAGAGGUAGGAGAGUUUCGAGCUCAUGCUGCCGAAUGGACGGCUAAUGUGUCCGCUGAGUUUAAAGAGACACGUCGUCGACUGAGUGUCGACAUUUAUGACAAAUUCCAGCGCGCAACUUCAGUAAAACGCAAACUGUCCGCGGAAAUAAAUCUCAGCCCUCCUAUCAAUCAGCAGAUGACCCCAGGGAAGCGUGCACGUUCGGUUAACCUUGGAGACGAGAGAGAGGCAUAUCCCUACACAUUAGCACGAAACGGAAGUCUAUUCCUCAACAGCCUCAUCCCGGAUUACGCUGACCAUCGGGAUAUGACUAGAAUACAGACAAAAUGAACUGGAACUGACGAAAUUCAAAGGACAAGCUGAGAGAGGAAGAAGCAUCAUGCAGAAGAGAAGAGAAGACAAAAGCAAGCAAGAUUUCUAUCGAGGAAAUAGAUGCGCUAACUACACUAUUGUGUGGACAAAAAAGCAUCGCUCUCUGCUGUCGGCCGUGCAGAAGGAGCAAUGCAUCUGAAUAAAUCACUUUUGUUAGCAACACA